GUUCCUCAAUUUUAUAUUUGUAUUUAUGAAGCACAUAUGAACAAGUAUAUUUAGAUUUUUAAUGUGGGGUUUAUUGUGAAUUUUGUCGCCGUGUGCUAGUUUGUACAUGGCGUGUCAUGAGUGUGUGAAUGAAAAAUAUGUGACGACGUAGAAAGCAUCACGCUAUUGGGAGACUGAGAAUGGAUGGAGGGAGAAAAGAGAGACAGGGCAGAUGAAGAGACAGAGCUUGGUAAAGGUGUCUGAGAAGAGAGGAAAAUCGAAAUGAAAACGUUCUAAACUCUUUUGCUAAUUUAUUCUCAUUUUAUUUUCAAGGAGAUAAAAAAAAUAUAUAGCCUAUAGUAUGUCUAUUGGAGAAACUGCCUAUCAAAUCAGUGGGGAUGAAUUUUAAAUCUAUGUUUCGGAAUUAAGUCAGCAACGAAAAGCUCCUUAAACAAUGAGGUAAGAGAUGUCAAAAAAUCCGAGUAUAUGCGAGGAUAAUACAGGCUAAAGAGAACACAAACUUCACUGUAGUUAAACUCAAACGGGGAUAUGGCGGAUUUAGAGUUCGGAUCUCUACAGUCGUGUUCCGGCAGCGAUUCCCCAGCGAUGGAAUUCGAGAACGAUAAAGAUUCCGGACAGCACGGUCGGAGCAAAACCGGGUCGCCGCCACUGCAAACUCAGCUCUCCCAACAGGGUAUGGAGGGAAUCAAAGUUUAUUUGCACGAGAGAGAUCUGUGGGCGAAAUUUUAUGAUGUCUCUACAGAAAUGAUCAUCACCAAAGCUGGCCGACGAAUGUUUCCCAGCUACAAAGUGAAGGUAACAGGCCUAAAUCCCAAAGCAAAAUAUAUCUUACUGAUGGACAUUAUUUCAGCCGAUGAACAUCGGUAUAAAUUUGCAGAUAACAAAUGGUCCAUCAGUGGUAAAGCUGAGCCGGCGAUUCCAGGCCGGCUGUACGUGCACCCAGACUCACCGGCUUCAGGAGCUCACUGGAUGAGACAGCUCGUCUCUUUCCAGAAACUCAAACUCACCAACAACCACCUGGACCCUUUCGGACAUAUCAUUUUAAAUUCCAUGCAUAAAUACCAACCUCGCCUGCACAUCGUGAAGGCAGACGAGAGGAACAGCUUUGGCUCCAGCAACACAAGUUUCUGCACACACUCCUUUCCUGAGACAACUUUUAUCGCUGUAACUUCCUACCAGAACCACACAAUCACUCAGCUGAAGAUUGAGAAUAAUCCAUUUGCUAAAGGUUUCCGUGGAAAUGACGAUAUCGAAUUGCAUCGCAUGUCCCGUACACCAAGUAAGGAGUAUCCACUUGUACCACGUAGUACUGCAAGGCAGCGUGUAGCUCCACCCUCUCCUGACUGUCUCUCUCGGUCAGAAUACACUGUGACACAAAAACCCAGUCCUAGCUACACCUGCUCCGACACUUCAGGUGAUCACACCCUCACUGAAACCCCUCCCACACAUGACCCCACAUACCACCUCUUCACCUACCAGCUCUCCCCGCAGACGGCCCCUGUGCACAGUGCCCCCUGCAGUAUGGACACCGCACAGCACCAGCCUUGCAUGUAUGGAAGCUCUCAGGUGGGCAUGGAGGACCUCAGGUGGGCAUCUUAUACGGACAGCACAACUUACCAAAGCUUUUCUUCUGCUAAAGAAAUGGGUGGGACUUUUGGUCCCACCACUGACCUCUCUCAGGAACUGUAUCCACAAUACACCUGUGAGGUGGGUGUCCAGUCACACUGCAUGAUGACUGAUUUAUCGCUUUAUGCUUGCAGUCGAUCAUUCAGCCAAAACCAACAACCAAACAGCUGGUGUGGGGGAAGCUGAGCUUGAGUGUGUGUGUGUGUGUGUGUGUGUGUGUGUGUGUGUGUUUGUGUGAGAGGGAAAAAGAGUCUGUGAAUAAUUGUGGUAACUUACUCAUAACUUCAUCCGAAAAUCACCAGUUUUCAUCUGUUUUUCUCCACAGUUUCUAUGUUGUUGUGAAUCAGAUAUGGCAGAGUAAAAUUGGUAAAUGUUUCAAAAUAAAUAAUAACAAUUAAAUUCGACAUCAAAAUUAAUAUCAUCUACAGUUUAGUAUCAAGCCAUUGUUAUUUCAUUUAUUGAUAUAAAUAUUUGUAUAUAUUUUAUAUAUACUUUAUUAUAUUUCAUAAUUUUCAUGAUUUCUGUCAUUAUCUUAAAUAAAACUAAAAUAAAUUAAUUAAAAAUAAAGUUUCCAAUUAUAACCAAACAGGGUUUAUAAACAGAAUAUAUAUAUAUAUACACACACACACACACACACACAGUAUAUACAGUAUAUAUAAUGUGAACAUGAUUUCGUGUUCACAUUCACUGUGGAGCAAGUGGAAACUAAUGGGAAAUGAGAAAUUUUCAUUUAAAACUGGGGGGUGGGGGGUUCAUUUAAUUUCUUCUUAUCCCGAAUACAGUGAUGGACUCUUGCAUGUCUCUUCCAUCUUCAGUGAUGUGUGUGAGAUUUUGUGUACCUUUGCAUCUCAUCAAAUAUCUCUUUUGGUAAAGAUGUGUGAAUCUCUGUUACCUUUACCACAGAAAAAAUGUUCAUCAAGAUACAACUACACCAGGAAUUAAAAAAGAAAAAAUGUUAAGGAGGUGGGUUGUUUCACUGUGGCCAGUAUUUGUGAAGAUUUAGAGAGAAUCCUCUCUUUUACUAUUAUUUCACUUAGGAAAUGCUGAUGUACAAACACUAACAAACCCAAAUGCAAAUGACUCUUAAACCCUAAUAUCCACCUGAACACGUACAUCCGCUAGCUUCAGAUGGGGGUCCUUUAUUUUGUUUAUUCUUACUCUAUAAUGAAGAGAAAAGGGAAUGCUGGGUACUGCACGUGUCACAGUCUAUUAAGGGAGCAGUGAUAUUACCAAUCCUGUCAUGGCCCAAGGCAAGAGAUACAGAGAGAGAGAGAGAGAGAGAGAGGAGGGGCAUCAGCUGGACAUUUAUUUAUAGACACACCAUAAGAAUUUCAUAAGUGAAAUAUGUUCAUUUUAAAGAAAGUUUUUAAUAUUGUGAAAUUCAUGUUUCAAUUAUUUAUAAUGAUGAACUAUUUAUUGAUUUUGAGUUCACAAUUUGUUUGCUGAUAUUUAUUUGUAAAGUGUUUUUUUAAAUUUAUUGAGCAGUUUGCUUUACCCUGACAAAUGUAGAGUUUCCGUGUUUUGUGAAGGUGUUUUCUGAAACUUUUGAAUAUGAGGCUGAAAUAAAAAGGUAAUCCUCAA